AGAAUCAUUUCAUUCCUCCACAGAUUUGUUUGUGUGAAUACGUGGAAACUCGCCACAAUUCACCACUGCACUAAAUUACACUUCGGGAACAGUCUAGCCGGUGUAUGUCCGGUGACAGUGGGACGACUCCCCCGCGGACGUGGAUGUGGACGUGGUCAAGUCGGCGUGUCCCGACCCAGUUGACGGACAUCUGUGCAAUCCUAUGAUACCUCCGAAUCAUUUCCACUCGUUUUGCCCCCAACGCUGCGCGGCCAACUUGGGACACUUUCACGCCACGAAAACGCCGUGAAGUUGAAGACACUGCCAAAAUGUCCGUGGCAGGCUUGAAGAAGCAGUUUUAUAAAGCGAGUCAGAUGGUGAGUGAGAAGGUUGGCGGCGCUGAAGGAACCAAACUUGAUGACGACUUCAGAGAUCUGGAGCGGAAAGUGGACGUGACCAGUAAGGCUGUCGCAGAAAUGAUCUCCAAAACAUCCGAAUAUCUCCAGCCGAACCCCGCAUCGAGGGCCAAACUAUCCAUGUUGAACACCAUGUCGAAAAUCCGCGGUCAGGUGAAGAACCCCGGCUACCCCCAGGCCGAGGGGCUUCUGGGAGAAUGCAUGACCAAGUAUGGAAGAGAACUGGGAGAGGAGACUAACUUUGGUGGCGCACUCGUGGAAGUCGGGGAAGCCAUGAAGAGAAUGGCGGAAGUCAAAGACUCGCUAGACAUUGACGUCAAACAGAACUUCAUCGACCCGUUGCAAGGCCUCUGCGACAAGGACCUCCGAGAAAUUCAGCACCACCUCAAGAAGCUGGAAGGUCGCCGCCUGGAUUACGACUACAAAAAAAAGCGGCAGGGCAAAAUUCCCGAUGAGGACAUCCGACAGGCCCUGGAGAAGUUUCACGAGUCGAAGGAAGUCGCGGAGACCAGCAUGUAUAACCUGCUGGAGACCGACAUCGAGCAGGUGAGCCAGCUCUCGUCUCUGGUGGAAUCCCAGCUGCAGUAUCACCGGCAAGCAGUCCAGGUCCUGGAGGAGCUGUCUGACAAACUCGGAGAAAGGAUGACUGAGGCCCAGUCCCGGCCAAGACGCGAAUACACGCCCAAGCCCAAACCUUUGUUUGACUUCGGGGAAGACAACCACUCCAACGGGGGCUACACCACCUCAAUGGCCCCGCCGCCUUCUCGCAACUCAGGUGAGGCACUCAUAAAUUUGCUGAAUUUCAUUUGGAAGGGGACACACAAUAUGUCCGGCGAUUCCGGGAAAACCGCCGCACGGAUUUGAGGACACGUCUGUUUCUCUGAAACUGAACCGAGAAACAUUCCAGCCAUUUCCAACGUGAUUGCACAAGACCUUCAUGAGUCAGUGCAGCUCAGCACAGAUAUGUCACACACAUCUGGCGGGUGCCUGUGUGUGUGUGUGUGUUUCUGUGUCUCUGUGUGUGUGUGUCUCUUUUGGCUGGCCAUUGUCUGACUGACCUUGGUCCUCUUCCCCGUGACAUCACCAGAACGAUCAAUUCACUGGGCCAGAUUCUCUUU